AUGGAUGAGAUAGCGUGGAAUAAAUUGGGACAGUCCAAGUUGAGUAAGGAGAGGGAGCAGCUACGAAAUGCUUCAGGUCGAAUAAUGAUAUUUAAGGGCAUGAUGACAGGUCAGGUUAGAUUUUGCAACAACCUUGCACCUAUUCAAUUUUACGUGAGACAAGGAAAAGGCUCAAACCUGCUGGGAAUGGAUUGGGUGGAAAAGGUUGGGAUGGCGACAGUAUGCAUAGACUAUCUUAAAGCUAUGGGAAACCAUGGUGGUGUAAUGUUGACAGAAUCAAGUGAGAUUGCAGCACCAGUGGAGAAACUAUUACAGCAGUUCUCAGAAUUAUUUACAGAUGAACUGGGUUGCUGCAGUGAGAUUGUGGGCAUCUCUGUGCGACCAGAGACGGAUUUGAAGGUUUUCCCAUUCCGGCGACCUCCUAUGCAUCUUCGGACACAGAUCGAGAAGGAAUUGGAAAGGAACGUGAAAAACGGUGUAUUAGAACCAGUUAACAUCGCUCUAUGUGCUUUUCCAACAGUGAACAUUGUUAAACCGAACGGUGAUAUCAGGAUAUGCGGUGAUUUUAAACCCCUCAAUCGGAUUAUGAUUGAUCUGAAGGAUGCAUACAACCAGUUACGGGUGGACGAGGAAAGUCAAAAGUGGCUGGUGAUUAACACGCACAAAGGACUGCUCAAAUAUAGACGAUUACUGUUUGGAAUCAGUUCAGCGCCUGCCAUUUUCCAGAGAACAAUAGCCAAAGUCUUGGAAGGCGUGAGAGGAAUUUGCAUCUAUAUGGAUGAUAUUCUUAUCUCAGGAAAAGAUGAGCAAGAACACAUGCAGAAUUUGUCCCAAGUAUUUCAAAAGUUACAGCAACAUGGUUUCCGUAUUAGAAGAGACAAAUGCUCGUUCUGUCAACCAUCUGUGCAAUAUUUGGGACAUAUAAUUGACAGCUCAGGAAUCAGAGUAUCAAAUGGAAGAGUUAAAGCAAUACAAUUGAUGAAAGCACCUAAAGACCAGUCAGAGUUACGAUCAUUGUUAGGCAUGAUUAAUUAUUUUGGAAAAUUCUUUCCACAUAUGUCUAGCCAUACUCUACCUCUAAAUCAACUGCUGAAGAAAGAUACAAAAUGGAACUGGUCAUCAAUGCAAGAAAGUGCUUUUGAAGGGGUGAAACAAGAGUUAACAUCUCUACCAAUACUGGCAAAAUAUGAUAUGUCUCUUCCUGUGGGACUAGCCUGUGACGCAAGCGAAAAAGGCUUAGGAGUAUGUUUGUUCCAAGUGACAGAAGGGAAAGAGCAUCCAGUGGCGUACGCGUCCAAAGUCUUUGACAAAAGCUGA